GGUGCAGUCAAUCCGUACACAAGAGAGUCCUUUGUGUUUAUACGUGGUUUUUACGCUCGGCACAUGAUUCACAAUUCACUAUAUUCAGUCGCCAGUCGUGAGUCGCCUUCGCUCUCCGUCUUGCGAUAGACGGCUACAGCUGCUCAACAAAACUUUCACUUCGAACGUAACAACGUAAACAAACUGAAACUAAUAAGAAAAAUCCGUGCAAUUUAAUAAUACUAGAUGAAAUCUUUUUAAAUCUUCACGUAUUUUACAUAGUGAUUUAAAACUGAUGAAAGUGAUAAUCGUUUUGUAAUUAACUGUGGUGGUUUCCACGCCAGUUUGAAAAUACGACGUGAGACGGUGACGAGUGACUGUAGUUCGUUUUAUUCAACUGUUGGAUGCUGUUGGAAUAUUAUUUUUGACUGGAUGGUAUUUGAAACAGUUGUAUACAGUUUUAGUGCAGUGUUUAUGAGUGUUUACCAAUUUUGUACAUAAUAUAAAACUGAAAACAAAGCACUCCUUAAAUCGGUGGAGCUAGGGAUCUGAAAGGAGGACAUUUUCAGUACCUACCCUAGAGGUGUACUAAGAAAGGAUUUUAUCUUUAAUUGGAUAAAUUGGAUCUUUCUACAACUUAAACGAGGAGUCACAGGAAAAAGCUAGUUCAUCAAUAUGGGAAAAGACUACGGGGAGCCGAUACGAUACGACCCCAACUUCAACGGCCCGAUCCACAACCGCUCUUGCACGGACAUCAUAUGGCUAAUUAUCUUCAUCCUCUUCCUCGGAGCAUGGGGCUACAUCGGAUACUACAGCAUGACGCGAGGAAGCGUCGAAAAACUACUAGCACCCAUCGAUACCAGAGGACGAAGAUGCGGCCUGGACUCCGGUCUUGAAAACAAGAAGUAUCUGAUCUUCUUUAACAUCGCCAAGUGUCUGUCUCCGGGAACUCCUAUAACCGGAUGUCCUACCACGCAAGUGUGUGUAGAGCGAUGUCCAGACAAAACCGUGCUAUUUAAAAAGGAAUUAGAACAGAAUCCCAGCUCGUUCCAACAAAUAAAAUACGAUAUGGUUUGCACCGAAGACGUAAACAUUCAGACAAUGACGUACGCGCAGGCAAUCCAAUACAUCCAAGAGGAGAAAUGUGCCAAUUUUAUAUUGCAGAGUCAACCAGUGUUAUUCCGCUGCAUCGGGGACCUCUCGACCUUGCAAUGCAAGGACACGAAGAAGACAACCGCAUGGACAGAGAACAGAAGUAACGGCGAAACCUGCGUCCGCAACCCGGAAGAUGCCCAGAAAUCGUUGCUUAACCGCGCAACAGCGCUGGACUCGUACGUCGGCUGGAUCGCUGCAAGCUGGGUUACGUUCUUCACGAGGAAUGAACGGGAAACACACGUUUUGUCAUCGCAAAUAGUUCAGGACCUGGUUCAAUCCCGGUGGUAUAUGGCUGGAGCGCUGGUGGCCGUGGUUUUGCUGUGCUUCAUCUACAUACUCUUGCUGCGAUGGGUGAUCACACCUGUGGUCUGGCUCUCAAUCGCAGGCUUGUUUGCUCUAAUGGGAUUUGCUAUUUACCUGUGUUACAAGAACUAUGAGUACUACAAAGCGAACCCCGUCGGUCUCUACCAAACAACCAACUUGAAAGGAUACGCCCAGUCUAUUUUUGCCAAACAAGAGACCUGGCUCGUGAUUCUUAUAGCCGUAGCUGUGGUACUACUUAUUUUGUUCUUGGUAGUAGUUUUCCUGCGAAGUCGGAUAACUAUUGCUAUUGCACUUAUACGUGAAGGAAGCAAAGCCGUUACUUCAAUAAAAUCUACGAUAUUGUUCCCUAUAUUCCCAUGGAUCUUCCAAUGCGCCAUCAUCGCUUAUGGGAUUUUGGUCCUUAUGUUUUUGCUUUCGAUUGGAGAGUCGGCCUUCCGCGUUGUGAACUUGCGAAACGACACUUCUUGCAGCUGCGGCGGGGUAUACACGGAGGAGGGGGCCUCAUGCAAUCCGCUAACAUUCGCGGAGAAGUGCCACGACACAAGCUCCGUCGGUGGGCUUUUGCCGUGUCAAUUGGCCUCCUGUCACUUCACCGGCAUCGACAACCCCCAUAACGUGAUCUAUAUGCAUCUUGUCAACCUGUUGGGCUUUUUCUGGGCGAUGUUUUUCAUCAGUGGCGUAGCGGACAUGAUGUUGGCGAGCACAUUCUCCACAUGGUAUUGGACUUUCCACAAGAAUGACUUGCCUUUUUUCACUCUUACCUCGGGAAUUUAUAGAACACUCCGGUAUCACUUGGGAACAGUGGCAUUUGGAGCUCUUAUAAUUGCCAUCGUACGAGUAAUCAGGGUAAUCCUUGAGUACAUCGACCACAAAGUCAAAAAGUUCGACAACCCAUUCACGCGGUGCAUAAUGUGUUGCUGCAAGUGCGUGUUUUGGUGCCUGGAGAACUUCCUGAAGUUCGUGAACAAGAACGCGUACAUCAUGUGCGCUGUGCACGGCAAGAACUUUUGCAGGAGCGCCAAUGACGCGUUCUCUUUGCUCAUGAGGAAUAUUAUUCGAGUCGUCGUAUUGGAUAAGGUAGCAGACUUCAUCUUUUUCCUCUCAAAGCUCUUGAUUUCCAUCGGAGUGGGUUUCGCCGUGUACUACCUGCUCGAGUGGAACUACGUGUAUGAGGUGACGAAGGGCGAGCGGCUGCACUACAACUACGUGCCUGCGGUGAUACUGAGCGUCGCCACCUACCUCAUAUGCACCAUAUUCUUCAACGUGUAUUCCAUGGCUGUAGACACACUGUUCCUGUGUUUCUUGGAAGACUGCGAGCGAAACGACGGCUCUCCGGAAAAACCGUACUUCAUGUCGAAAAACCUGAUGAAAAUUCUCGGCAAGAGAAACAAAAAAACAACAUAAAAUCAAUCCAAACUGCCAAAGAAAUAGCUUUAAGUGAAUAAGAGUAAUGAAAGCGUUGUGAACUUGUGAGAUGAUGUUCCCUGGCCCUGGUGGAUGAUGGCCCUUAUUUGGCUAUUAAUUUUAACGUUUGAUAUUGUAAUAUUUAUAAUUCUAAUGAAACUCGAUAACUUUUUAUGUGUAACUCGACAUAGGGGCAACGCAAAUGACUGCUUGCUACUGUACUUUGACGUAUGCGUCGCCCCUACUUGAGUAGAUUUAAAAUUUAAAAGUAUAAUGCGUAAAAAAUGAGUUCUCUCGCGCCAUUUUAACUUCAUGUGUCAAAUAUCAUAUCAAAAGUUUGAUUUUAGUCUUUAUUUUAAAGGUGAACCGUAGGUACUUUGGACAUGACAGCUGACCCAUAGAGUUUGAAUGGCGCGUAAGUCUAUAACUAAAUGCAAAGCCAAAUAAUUAUUGUGUAAGAUAGAGAUUUUAGUCUUUAAAAUGUUAUUAAUAAUUGACUUGAUAAUUAUAAUUGAUUUACAUACUGAAACAAUAAUUGAUAUACUUUCCUAUAAAUAUUAUGAGAGUUUUCGAAGACUUUACUCGUAGGAUUUGGAGUUUAUAUGCAUGUAUUUUCUAAGAUUUUAUGAUGUGUGAUAUAUAUGAUUGUUACUGAUGUUGAUUAUUGUCGAUUGUGCCAAGGAAGUACCUAUUGUAAUUAUUACUUACAGGCAUAGCGCAUAACUGAGGAGGUCCCUGCGGUAGUGGAGCGGUGCGGGAGGGGUGUGAUGACGUGACGAAAGAGCACAGUGAUUGGUCAACUUGUGACGACUGUCUCCCUCCCGCACCGCGCCACUACCACAGGAGCCUACUCAGUUAUGCGCUAAACCUAUACCUGUCUCAUUACUUUUAAUACUAUUGUACUGAGUAAUUUAUACCUUUGUACAUUAUUUAUUAUUGUAUUUUUAUUCUAUUCAAUUUCGAUUAAAAAGGUAGGUUUACUAUAAA